GUGUGGAUCGGUGGUCGCGGCGUAUAUCUCUCCCGCCUCGCGCCGGAGAAUGUCGGUCGCGGUACCAAGGCGAUUCUGACAAGACGAAUCUGAUAGGACCCCACGCGGUCUGUCGUGCGCGUGGACGCCUCACGAACGUUCUGCGUUCGGAUACGAGUUAUUCAUACGCCGCGCGGCGCCGUGUUCCGCUCGCGUUUGUACACGCGGCGUCAGAGACGACCACUUUUGGAAGUUUCCCUGUGAAAUUGUAGAUCCUCACUCGAUCCUUAGGACGCCGCAUGAAUGUGAUGAGACGAAUUCCGAAAAGCCGGUGAUAAUUCCUGGAUUGAGGUUUGUGCGAAUCCGUUUGAAGCUAGGAUCCUAAAAGAGUUUGAUGCACCAAGAUCAUGAAAUCUUGAUAAAAAGAUCGUACAGGCUGCUUGGACCUCAAAGAGUGAUAAAAAAAGAGAUUCUAAAAUUCUGGAUCAAGUGCAAUAUCUUUUAUUAAGAAUUUACCAGUAAAUUUGAAUCUUUAUUCACUGUGAUGUUGACAAUUGCCUAAAAAGAUAUACACCAUGUAUAUGCAAUCAUAAUUCUUGGAAAAUUUAUAUUGAAGAGAUUAAUGAUCUAAUCAAAUUUUAGGUGCUACUCGUUCAAGCUUUAAAAAUCCGAGCAAAACAAAUAUUUUUUAUACAAUCAUAAUUAUAAUGUUGGGACUAAUUGGCUUGUACACAUGUUUUUAUUUAUUUCAAUGUGCAAGUAGCUCAACUCUGACAGUUCCUCCUCUGUCAGCUCUAGUAGUCGCUUUUGAAAAUGUAUAUGAUCUAUCAUUGUUGGCUAAUACCUUAUCAGAUGAGGGAUUUGAUACAACAUUGAUAAUACCGACAUAUGCUGCCAGCAAUGUUUAUAAUAAACUGAUCGAUGUUGAAGUACUGCAAUUAAACGUUAAUAUUAAUAAGUCGAUGAAUGCCAACAAAUAUGCACUAGCAACAUGUGAGAGUCUCUUUAAGGAUGUGAAUACAAUGAAGAAAAUAUGGGAGUUAAAGGCCACAUUCACUAUAUUUCCAGCAUUAAGACACGAUGGGUGUUUGCUUCCACUUGCGAAACAUAUUAAAUCCAUUCCAGUAAUCUGGAUACAGAAUCCAGAUGAAGAACUGUAUGCAUUUGAAUGCACUAACGUUGGCCUGCCAGUGCACAAUGGUGGAUUUUGGUCGAGCUUUUCAAAAACAAUUUUAUUAAAGAGAUCCAUAUUUUCGGAUGUUAAAAACAAUUAUCUAAUUCCCGCUAUACGAUUAGCGGUUGAAUCUCUAUCGUCUGUCAAUAUCGAUUUGGAACAUCUUUAUUCAAAUGUUCGAUUAGUGCUUUGGGGAGGCGAUAGAGUGUUACGUUCUGAUUUUGCGUCUUUAACAGAGCUAUUUGUAGAAGUCGGUUGUCAUCACUGCAGAGGCGCAAAUCCCUUACCUCAUCCCCUGCAUAAUUUAUUACUCGAAUAUAGAACCGGUACUAUCGUUGUUCUUUUAGAAGAGCGUUACGGUACGUUGAUACGAGAAUUAGCAGAGAUAUUGCCUCAAGCCAGAGAAGGUCAAGCUGUCGUAUGGAUGAGUGAGAGUAAUGCAAAUGCUGACAGGCCAAAAAAUCUUUUUAUUGAAGCUAAUGUCGACCGGCAAGAUCUCAUAGGUUACAGCCGAACCCGAGUGGUGUUGAGUCAUUGUACCGAUACGGAAUUCCUGGAAACUGCCUUUCACAGGGCACCCGUGAUAUGUCUGCCAAGGAACGCCCAUGAGUCUCGUAAUACUGCUCGCGCAGUCGAGUUGGGUUUCGCGCGCUCCACGAACGAUCAUGUCUCAGCCGAGGAAAUCGCGCAGAUGGUGCACGAGAUUCUCGAAACGGUGGUUUACUUUGACAAUGCACGAAAGGUCUUUAUGGCGAUACGCGAUAGACUAAACCCGCCCUCCGAUAGGCUCGUCUACUGGCUGCGCUAUGUCGCAAGGACGAAAGAUGACGAUAUCGGCAAGUUCCAUAAGCCAAUGAGUCAGGCGAGGACACUCAUGGAGGAUAUUCAAUUCGUUGUCGGCCUUCUAGUAGGUAUAAUCCUCGGGAUUGUCUGUACGAGCAGUGCAUUCGUCGCACGAUAUCUCAUCACGGCUAACAAAGUGCAAACAUCGAAGGGACGAUAUACGGAAUGAACGUGUUUCGAAAUUCUACUCGAUAUACGCAUGCGUGGACAUUUCCGUACAUAUAUAUAUAUAUCUAUAUAUUUAUAUAUAAAUGCACGUAGAGAAUACAGGUACAUACGAAUACAAAGAUUUUACGAACUAGAUUUUAUCUCAUAAUUAGCGAAGAAACCGUUACUAUUACUACUAUUAUUAUUAUUACGAGAACACCUUCUCAUAACUUGACUGAAAAGACUACGAGUCUAAUGAAGUGUGAUGUAUUAUCGUGAAGAAAAUAAAUUACAGUUUGUCACAAUA